UUGGAUCAUACUGUCGUCGUGUCGCAAGUUGUUUAAAGUUUAUCUCGUUUGUGAGAAAAUAAAGGUUAGGCGGAUCCUCCGAAGGGAAACAUUAUUUACAUUGCUACUGUAAUCAGCUGCAAGGUUAUAUUUGAAGUGUGCUUCUAGCAUAUCAGGGAGUGGUAAAGCGUUUGUGACAUACAGUUCAAGAAAAUAACAUAUCUUCCUUCCCCCUAGUUUAAGGCAAAGUGUUGAAAUGGCUGAAACUGCAUUGAAUUUUGGUCCUGACUGGCUUCGUGCUUUAUCUCAUGGUUCUACCACAUCUGCUCCUACAAGUCUUGGAAUACCCAUUCCAAAGUAUAGCUUAGCAGAAUUUCGGUAUGGACGAGAAGAAAUGUUAGCUCUGAUACCGAAAAAUACUAGUUUGCCCGAUUGCUUGAAUGAAUUUCCACAUUUAGUACGGGAAAAGUUCCAGAUACCUCUAGCUCUUACAUCAGUAACAGAAGAAGAACAGCGAAUCUGGGCAAGAUGUGUAAACAGUGAAGCAGUUUUAAGAGCAUCGGGUAAAACAGCACCUGGAAAUGGCAUGGGUAGGAGCGGUCGUGGAGGCUCUGUAGACAGGGGAAGAGGACGAGGACGUGGUGGUUAUUAUCAAAGAGGUUUAACAUAUGAAGACUCGGAAGAUGGUCCACCAUCAAGUUAUUCACGUCCAAAGCCUAUUGAACGAAGUCAGAGUGCCAAUGAGAAAGAUCAACGAUGGGAUGACAGGGACCGCCGAUUUGAUCGAACAUUCUCAGGUCGAGGUUCAGGGCUAGAUGACAAUGCAGGGAAGCCAGAUUUAAUCCGAGGUGGUAGUGACUACUGGCGGAAGUAUGAUAAAGAUGAUGAUGGGGAUUGGCGCUCUUCUGGGCUUCGUAAUUCUGAUAAAUUAGAUAAUUUUUUUACCUCUUUAUCUAAAGGGGGAAGAGGAUCCUGGAGAAAUUCAGAAAAAGACCGACGAGAUAUUUUAGAUCGAAAUUCUCAAAAUCGUAACAUCAAUGGAAUUGUUAAAGGUGGUAGUCAAAAUCCCCCACAAAAAACAGGCAGUCAUCAUUCUUGGAAAGAUGAUGGGCAAGGUAAUAGUUUGCCUGAAUGGAGUGUUGAUGAAGCAAGUGAACCAGACGUUGUUGGUACAUUUGAUUCAAGUGGUGCAUUUUUGGAAACAAAAGUCCCAGAGAAUACUUCUUUGGAUGAAAUAUAUGUCUCAGAUGAAGCUGAUGAAGGGACAUUGAAAAAUAGCCCGGAAGCAUCUAAGAGUAGCUCAAAGAAACUACAGAAAAAAUCUUCAAAUUCUACAAGCAAGCAGACUCCAGCAAAACGAAAUUCACAAUCUGUGAAUACUGAAGAAACUGUUGUAGAAAAACAUCCUCAUCAGCCUGUGUCUGAGUCAUGUAAAAAUAUUUCCAAACCCCCUGUAAAAAGUUCAGCUGAAAUAUUCACAGAUAAUGUGAUAAAAACUGGUGUGAGCGUGGAACAAGUAAAAAAAGUCCCUGUUUACAUCCCUGUUACCUCGCCAAAUGUGCCUGAUGAUAUUGUAAAAAGUACAAAUAGUAAUAGUACUGUUGUGAAUAAUGUGAGAAUACCAGAUGUCCCAGUACCAUCCUCUGGGAUUGCUGAAGAAGAUACAUUUGCUCAUCAUAAAAAAGCCACAGAAAAUAUGGUGGCACAGUGGACAGAAGAGGAAGAGCAGCGUGUAAUAUCUCAGUCUAAUGGUAGGCAUCCUUCACAACAUGAAAGUGAAAGCAAAUGGUUCUAUCAAGAUCCUCAAGGGGAAAUUCAAGGUCCAUUUACUUCACCAGAAAUGCUUGAGUGGUUUAGUGCAGGUUACUUUACAAUGAGUUUGAUGGUGCGGAGAGGUUGUGAUGAAAAGUUUUCCCAACUAGGGGAACUUAUUAAAUCCUGGGGCCGAGUUCCUUUCAUGCCUGGUAACAGCCCACCUCCUAUACGGGUUACUCCUAUGACAUCAUCCCUUCCAACACCCAUGACUCAAACCAUUGUGCCUAAUCCAGUAGCAGCACCCACAUCUGCGCAGCUACCGAAACAGGAUGAUCAGCUGUUGGCGUUGCAGCAGCAGCUGAUUCAGCAACAGUUUAUGCAACAGACCCUUAUGAUAAGGCAAGCUCAAUUGCAACAAAUCCUAGCACAAUUAAAGCAGCAGGAAAAUUUUUCUAGUCUCAAUUCACAGCAGCAGCAGCAAGUUGUCAUGCAGCAGUACAUGGCUCAACAACAAAUGCCAAGGCCUAGUAUAGGUCCUCUGCCUGAACAGCCAAAUCUUCUGGAAUCUGUAACUCCUGUCCAGAUACCUCUGCUAGGCCUUCCUUUGCCACCACUUAUGAAAAAUGACAUGUCUCUGUGGAAUUUAGCUCCUGCAUCAGGAGCAGCAGGUACAUGGCCAAUGAAUAUAAAUGCAGCACAGCCUCCAGGUGGUAGCAUAUGGGAUGUAGAUCUUUCAAAAUCGAAUACUGAAGAUUCUGAGUUGGAAAAACAGAAGUUAUUAGCUGAAGAGCAAGAAAAAAUUAGAAAAGCUGAAGAGCUACGAUUAGAACAAGAAAAAGAAAGAGAGGAGAAAAGGAAGCAAGAAGAACUAAGGCGAAAGCAAGAAGAAGCAAGGCUUCUUGAGUUGCAAAAACAAGAGGAAGAAAAGAGAAGGUUAGAAGAGCUACAAAGGCAGAAAGAAGAAGAACAACGAAGAGAGGAAGAAUUGCGCAGGAUUGAAGAACAGAAGCGCAAGGAGGAAGAACAGAGGAAACAAGAAGAGCUUCGUAAACUUGAAGAAAUGAGGAGGUUGGAAGAACUAAAAAGAGAAGAAGAGAAAAAACGAAUGGAAGAGCAACGAAAGCUGGAAGAACAGCGCAAGCAGGAGGAAUUACGAAAACAGGAAGAGCUGCAAAAAUUGGAGGAAAAGCGAAAGAAAGAAGAAGCACAGAAGAAAAUCCAAAUGGAAAAAGAGCGGGAGAAACAACUGGAGUUAGAACGGCAAAAAGAAGCUCUACGCAUGAAAGAACUGGAAAGGGAGGAGAGAUUGAAAAGAGAAAAAGAAAAGCAGGAAAUGGAGAUGAGGAAACUAGCUGAAUUGAAAAAAUCUCAAGGUCCUGUCUGGGGUAUAAAAAAUUCCCAAAAUUCAGAGCUUUCUCUAGCAGAUAUUCAGCGACUUCAGGAGGAAAAGGAAAGGGAAGAAAGAGAAGAGCGAUUACGCCAGCAAAUGUUGCAACAGCAAGCUGUUAAACAGGUGCCACAAAGUAAAAAUGCCUUGAGUUGGGCUAAAAGGUCAAAUGACUCUGUGCCUGCUGUGAAAUCUCUGGCAGAGAUACAGCAAGAAGAAGCACAAAGAUUAGCUCAACUUCAUCGCAGUCAGAAAAUCCAGGCACCUGCACCUGUUUUGAAUGCCAAUGUUGGUGUUUGGGGGAAUGCUAGUCACCUGAAUAAAAUUACAUCUAUGUCACAAAGUUGGAACACAAGUAAUGUUGCAGCAGCCGGUUUCUGGGAUGAUUCUUCUAAUAGCUCACAAUCUCGAAAACCAACUUCAAAAAAUAAUGACAGUGCCUUCCCAGCGUUAGCCAAUCCUGUACAACCUGCCACCGUAAAUAGCAAUAAAAGCAAAAACGUCCGAGCCAAGAAAGAAGAGGAUGUCGUGACAAGAUUGUUUGGAACUCACCGAAAGCCCACCGAUGAAUUUACGAUUUGGUGCACCGAAGCUAUCUCGUCUAUGCCUUCUUCUGUGGAUGUUCCCACUUUUGUUGCAUUUUUAAAAGACAUAGAAUCUCCGUAUGAGGUAUAUGAUUAUGUUAAAUCAUAUUUUGGCGAAGGAAAAGAACCUCGGGAAUUUGCAAAACAGUUUUUAGAGAGGAGAAGCAAGUACCGUAAUCAGGCUAAACAAGCUCCUGCAGAGGACAAUAUGCUGUGGGGUCCUGCACCUGCCAUCACACCAGCUGUAAAUAAAACAAAUAUGCAAACUUCAAAUGACUGUGAUGGCAACUCCAGCACCAAGGGAAAGGCUAAAAGAAAAAGGAAUAGGAUGCAGAAGCUUGAUAGUUCUAUGUUAGGUUUCACUGUUCAGUCUAAUCCUGAUCGUUUGAAUGUUGGAGAGAUUGACCAUGUUGAGGGUAUGUGAUAAUGAUUUUGCCCCUCAAACUGUUGCUGCAAAUCAACUUCGAACCAUCAGGAUGCUCAGGUGCUGCAAGUAUGUGGACUUGAUUAAUGACAGAAAGAAUAAAAAAAACUAUUUCAUCGCUAGUUGUGAUAUAAAAAGAAAAUAAAGCCAGCCAUUAGAUGUGAUAAGGGUAAUGAGUGUACAAUAUUUGUUUUGCAAAUAUGUUUAAAGAUCCCACUGCCACAGAGAAAGAAAACAUCUUCUUUGUAUUAUUUCAAGUAAACUAAAGGGAUAUAAAAAAUUUGUAAAAAUGAACUAAAAUUAAUAUAAUUAUGUCUACCAUUGUAUAAUUCUAUGCCAUAAAGUCUACUUUGGCAGAUUUGUAGACAAUGUAAAUAAAUUUAUAAGCUUGCAGUAAA